AUGGCUUGUGAGAGAGUUGAUAUCUCUAUUUUGGUUGUGGAUGAUGAUGAAACUUCUCUGACCAUCGUUUCUAAUGUACUCAUCUCAUGGGAAUAUAAAGUUCUCACUGCCAACAGUGCUCGUAAUGCUUUGGAGACACUUAGAGAGUUUGAAGGCUUUUUUGAUCUCGUCAUUACAGAGCUUCAUAUUUCAGGAAUUGAUGGAUUUGAAUUUCAAAAGCGUGUCAAAGAUGAAUUCCAGCUACCUGUAAUAAGGGCCGUGCCAAAGAAAAUUCUCGAAAUCAUGAAUGUGCCAAACUUGACAAGAGAAAAUAUUGCCAGUCACUUGCAGAAGUAUCGCAUUUUCCUGAGAAAAGUUGCAGAGAGAGGAAUAAUUGAGGGCUUAUCUGAGAGGACUCUAAGGUCAAGGUUUGCUUCUGGGGUUUCAGCUUUAAUGAUCAAAGAAAUCCAAACAAGAACAGAGAAACUAUGUGUUCCUGUGCAACAAUAUUUGAAAAGAUUAGCACAUCAAAAAGGAAUCAGAGGGAUUGUCAAUGAUCUUCAUGAUAAACAAGUUUCAAGCAAUGCUUAUAUGACUAAUCAACUAGGAAGAGGUCAAUCUUCUUAUCCAUUGCACAAUGGCUUAAUGCUUCAUAAUCAACCUGUUGAUUCUCUUAGUCAAGUCAGACUUGGACAAUCAAUCUUUGGAAGCAAUAUUGGGACAAAUAAUGUCCAGCCAAAAAUGUUGGGAUGCUAUGCAAACCCACCUUAUCAAGCAAACAGUUCAUUCAAUAAUGCAGGUGCUAUGUUUCCUACAUAUGGAAUGGGACAUUGCAUGACGACUUCAACAAAUGGCCUCACAAGAAGAGGUUUGAGAUAUGGUGACCAAAUGUACCAAAAUUAUGAUUCAUUGGGAACUAACAAAUUUAGCUAUGGUCUAGGAAAUUGCAACAUGGGAUCUUUGAGCACCUCUAAUCUGCCAUCGACUUGUACUUCUUAUCCUAGCAGUAACUCCUCUGUAGUUCAACUGAAUGGUGGAUCAAAAACUGUUGGGACUGGGAACAAUGAUAGUUUUGGCUUGAUUAAUGAGACUCAAAAUGCAAAUAUGGAUGUAGCAAUCUUGGGGAAUGUAAAUUUUGGUUUGGUACAAAGAGGGCUUGCUUCUACUUCUGAUUCUAAUGUUGGGAAUGGUUUUAUAAGUGCGCUUCCAACUACAUUGAUGACUAAUGGAACUCGAGAAGAAAAUAUUCCAGGGAUCUCACAAUUACCUCAGCAACUAGAUGACAAUGUUGUAGAAAAUGAGCAUAAAUAUAAUGCCACUUCAAUAUGUGAGAUCAUCAGCAGCCAACUGGAAGACGAUCUUUCUGAGCUUUUCUUGAUGGUAGAUGAUAUGCAACUUCUUAAUAAUGAGACAGAAGAGAACCCUAAUGCAAGUGAAUUUUUAAAUUCUGACUUUUCUAGCUCUAGUCAGGUUGUGCAAUCAUUUGAGCAGUCUAAUAGUAGAGCUGGUGAUGAUGUGAUUGUGUUGCCAACUAAAGACACAUUAAACUUUCCAAACGAGUCUUCAACAAGCUCUGACAAAAAUUCUAAUCAGAUGCAAGGCAAUGGGGAAUCUGGGGACUGGGAACACUUUGAUAGGUUCUUAGUGGACAAUGUAUCUUCAGCAAGUAACUCAACUUCUGAGCAGGAUUGGGAUAUGGACAUCAUUGAAGCUUUGUUUGGUACCGAGAAUCAACCAGAUUCCAAAGGCAUGAGGAGGAUGCCUCCGGCAGUUUUAGGUGGUGAAUUGUGA